GUAGCGAGGACGCCACUCAGCAUCAGCAGCGACAGCAGCAGCAGCCCGUCACGGAAUUCUCUGCGCGGCUGAGACUUCGCUGCGCACUCAUCUCGACAUCCAUCGCCACGGUCGGUUCAGUUUUCCACGGCGGGGGAAGGUGGGGGGGCAUAGAAUCGUGUGGAAGUGCCCCCCAAUCCAGGAGAAGGGAGGUUAGGGGGAAUCGCCGCCACGUGUCCCGAUGUCGUGGCUGGUGUGGUGGGGGCUGCCACUCACCUCGUCGCUCUCGGCUCCCCUCCUCCUCGUCCUCGCCGCGUGCCUCCUGCUGGGAUGGGCCCUGGGGAUGAAGGGAGGAGGAGGAGGAAGGAUGGAGGUCUGGGCAGGCGACGACACCGACCCGGCGAAGGAGGAAACCGAGGGGCCCGCCGAGGAGGAGGGUGACGAGGUGGGGGAGGGUGACGAGGUGGAGGAGGGUGAAGAGGUGGAGGAGGGUGGAGAGGUGGAGGAGGGUGACGAGGUGGAGGAGGCGAGCUCCAUCCCCUUCUCGCUGCCGCGGCACGGCGAGGCGGACAUGCUGCGUCGCUCGCGGGAAUUCUACGAGCUGAUGGACGCGCGGCGCUCGGUCCGCCACUUCAGCGCCGAGCCCGUGCCGCUGGCGGUGAUCCGGAACGUCGUCCGCACGGCCGGCUCGUCCCCGAGCGGGGCUCACACGGAGCCGUGGACCUUCGUGGUGGUGCGUGACGCCGCCACCAAGCGGCGAGUGCGUCUCGCCGUGGAGGCCGAGGAGGAGGUGAACUACCGGCGGCGCAUGGGCGCCCGCUGGGUGCGCGAUGUCCGCCGCCUCUCGCACAGCCUGUCCUGGCAGAAGCCCUACCUGGAGACGGCCCCGUACCUCAUCGUGGUGUUCAAGCAGGUGUACGGCACGCGGCCCCACGACGGGAGCCGCGUGGUUCACUACUACAACGAGAUCAGCACAUCCAUCGCGUGCGGCAUCUUGCUGGCAGCCCUGCAGAACGUGGGGCUGGCGACGCUGACGUCCACGCCGCUGAACUGUGGCGCGCGACUCAGGGAGCUCCUCCGCCGCCCGGACAACGAGAAGCUGCUGAUGCUGCUGCCCGUGGGUUUCCCCGCGCGCGGCGCCACCGUGCCCAACCUCGCGCGCAAGCCGCUCGACGACAUCAUGGUCCUCGUCUGAGAGCGAGCGAGCGAGCGGGAACUAGUUGGGGCUGUGAUGCGCGAACACUAAGGACUGCCACGCUCGCCCUCGUGUAUUCGACGUGGAGAGUAUUGCUCACCCGUGUGGGGACGCAGUGCUCUCGCACUCGAGUUAUAUCGACACACAACUGAACAUUGCAAUGCGUGCCAUCUCCAGUACUCUGAAGUAGACGCCGACCUAGCGGCUCCCGGUGCUCACCCACCGCAAAUCCCAUCCGGGAAUACCAAAAAAUUAUCGUCAACCCGCACCUUCCGGUACGUUGGAAUAUAAACCCAGCGCCGCUUAUCCACCUAAAAUCACGCUACCCAUUCUGGAUCACAGCAGCCUCGCUCCAAGCCACAAAUACAAAUGAAGUCGAGAGAUAGAAGCGAGUCUCUGGACUGCGCCCGAUGUCAAAAAUUAACAUCUCGUACAGGCCCCUACCGUCGAACCUCCCCGUUUCAACCUUCCACACCACCAAUGAUCGACCAUCAACCAAAUCAGGACCGGGGCAUGUGGCCGAUGCGGCCACCCGAUGCACAAAUGGCGCAUCAAAGAUUCGGCGGCAUGCGAGUGCGGCCACGAAUACCAAACCAUCGACCCACAUAAAGACUCACCUGCUGCUGCCUUCACUCAUUCCAAUAGACAAGUGAGUGGAUAACAAAUCUAAAAUUACAUCUGUAAUCUGCCGCUAUUAAUCCAUACGAAAUAUGAAUAGAGCGGGUGAGCAACCUACGACGCUGGCGCAAACUCACGGAGAGAGGCAGACGGAGGAAGAGAAAGGCGGGGAGCACUAGACACGUUUCGGCAGCAGCGCGCGGCCAUCGCGAGUUGCUUUAUAAACCGGGAACCCGUUUAUGAAGGAACUCGCCUGGCGAGCGAGCGACACUGUGGGGUCACGCGCACAACAGGACGGUCCCAACUUCGAUGAACCGGAAAGGGGAGGUCAAAUCAGCGGUUCGGUGCCACGUCGCCAUCAGCACAGCAGGGCUGAUGGCGACAUUCGCAACGGCAUUAAUACCGAAUCAGAGGGCCCGUAUCGACAAGCUCGCAUCCCGGUCCUCUUAUCGCUACAACCACAAAUUACCUUUCCCGCGCACCCCGGACAUCGCCGCCGCCGCCAGUGUCACGGACCCCUUCUGCUGGUUUAACACGGACGCUGUCGCCUGAUGACGCUAGCUGCAAUCACUAGCGAAACGUACUCGAAUUGUAAAUGUCAUAGUGGAUUUACUCUCAAACACACCGGUGUGCUGUGCUAGUAACGAAUUGGCGUGUUUUUAUUAACGUGAUCAAAACCUUGCUAAUUGGCUGUCGGCUGGUGGCAGUUUUAACGACACAUUUACAUUGAACUAACCCAAAAACAUGGAUUAUGGACCCUCCUGCCAGAUUGGCCGUUUCCUUUCGGAGUGUUCAACCACCAUAUUGCCGGGCCUCCUCCUCUCUGACCACCCCCACCAUCUCCUUGACCCCCGACUUCUUAUAACCUUCGCUCGAGUCGUCGCACGUGUAAAACGUUGCCUGCCAUGUUGAAGAGUGCCUUCCAUCACAUGCUGUGGAACUCCGCAUUCCCAAAUACCCCACCCUGUCUGCUGCCCCCCAACGUAGCUGCUCGCGGCCGUGUUUAUUACUUCACGUUGUACGAUACCAGCGAGUUGCCAUUUUACCCAUGGCGAUUAUGCGAACCCGGUCUCUGUGUUCAAUAAGGCUCGUUAGUUGUACGCACAUUGUACGGCUCGGCGGAUAAAACGCAUUCGUCGUUUCAUUGUGGAGAUUUGCCCCUGGUAAUACAGCGGUGUAUUAACCAAUUACCAGGCGCCGUCUGGUAAUUACAGCGUACAAAUACAAAUAUGCCAGGCACAGUCUGGUAAUUACAUCUGGUAAUUACAGCGGUGUAAUAACCGCGCGAAUACCAGGCGCCGUCUGCCUCACAGUGAACAUUAAAAGAUCCCCUGACAUCAUUCGCAAGAGUACCCGUGUCACGGUCCAAACUUGACGGGUUACACCGCAAAUUGCUCACUUGGGAAUACGCACGAUGACCUCGCCCCGCCGCCGUGAACACUCCCGCAGGCUGCAUCUGUGAAACCCAAUGGGCGGCGCCUACCUUCAUGAUCACCACCUACGCGCCAUAAAGAACCAUAGUACUGAUGCCAAAAUGUGCGAAUGACUUAUUAUCAUCAUCAUCUUUAUAAUAAAGGCGACAACCGUAAACGUGGCGCGAACCGCGGGGGGGGGGAGAGAGAAACGACGGGCGAAGCCACGCACGUUCCCGUUUGCGACUGCUCCCGCCGCGGUGGGAAUCCACACGAGUCGAAGGCGGGAGGCGGGGAUCGACGCGGAGCAGCGAUCGGCUCGGCCGAGGAGAACGCGACGGCAGGGCGUGACGGGAAGCCGCUGGUACGCUGCGGCGUGGUGACGGCUCGGCAUCGGGCGAGCGAAGGC